CGACGUUUGAUUGGUUGUAUGACUCUCUUCCUUUCUUAUCUUUCACCUUAAGCCUUUACAUAUAAAUGGAUGGCAUUAAUGAAAUUAAGACUCCAUUUUUGUCCAAUUGAUAUACGCUGUAUGUACACAGAAUUAAAACGAAGGUACUUUUCUAGGAACCUCACUGGCACUUUCCUCUUUCACAUACACCACUCGGCUGGCUGACGUUUUCAAGGAGAUAAAAACCACCCUUUUUGCAAAACCCACCAAAUUUCACAAUCGAUUAUCAAGAACCCAAAUGUUUUUUGUUUACAAUCUAUUGUAAAGCUUUUUGUUGUGUGUGCAUCUCGUUCUUGAUUUCAAUUUCUAGUUUUGCCCUCUUAAUAUGGACGUCUUACCUGCAAAAUCUCUUCCGGUUGGCUACCGAUUUCGUCCGACCGACGAAGAGCUGGUGAAUCAUUACUUAAGGUUGAAGAUCAACGGUUUUGAUAAAGAAGUGAGUUGUAUUCGAGAAGUCGAUGUCUGCAAGAAAGAGCCCUGGGACUUACCUGAUUUGUCGGUGAUUGAGUCCAUCGAUAACGAAUGGUUCUUCUUUUGCCCUAAAGAUCGAAAGUAUCAAAACGGCCAGCGAUCAAAUCGUGCUACGGUGUCUGGUUACUGGAAAGCUACCGGAAAAGAUCGAACGAUCAAGACUAACAGAGGGAGUAGCGUGAUUGGAAAGAAGAAGACGCUUGUUUUCUAUACUGGUAGGGCUCCAAAAGGCGAGAGGACUCAUUGGGUGAUCCACGAGUAUUGUGCUACCGAAAAGGAACUCGAUGGAACACAUCCUGGACAGAGUCCAUAUGUGCUUUGUCGUUUAUUCAAGAAACACGAUGGGAAGGACGAAAAUGCUGAAAGUUUAGACUGUGUUGAUGUUGAUCAAAGCGAUGCUUCUCCUCCUUCCGUUGUAAAAUCAUCUACUGAAGAUCCUCAAUCAGAGCCCGUAACCCCAAAUUUGACUGGUCAACCAAACAUUCAACCUUUACUCAAAGAAAAUCUCAAACUUGAAGAACUCAAUAGAACAAACGACCCUUUGGACUUUCUCGAUCAUUCACAAUUAAUGAACGAUCUUGACCUUGAUGAAGCUCUACAAGGUUUCUGGGAUGCAUCACCUGAUCAUUUCGAAUCAAAAAUCUUCUCCCCUUUGCAUUCCCAGAUGCAUUUAGAGUUCGGAUCCGCUUACAACUACGGAAUGGUCAACUCCGGAACCGGAAACGAACAGACAACUGGAAUGGAAUUCUCAAACAGUUUCCUAAAUGAUUUUCACCCAUACAGCAGCGAAUCAGAUGGUGAAGUCAUUCAAGUUCAGCCUAUGAAACUUGAAAAGGUGAGCGAUGAAAAUGUUAUCUUUCAUCUUCCUCAUGAACAAGCACCAAAGGAAGAAUCUUGCAGUAGUAGCAGUAGCAACAUUGCAUUGGCAUCCAAUGGGGAGGGCAAUUUGGGAACAGGAAUUAUAAUAAGGAAUCGCCAGCCAAAGGUUGCUAAUGGCAUAAACUUUAGUAACCAAGGAACUGCACCAAGAAGAAUCCGAUUGCAGAUGAAACUACAAGUAGGGUCAGUUACCCAUGGUGGUGAUGAUCAGCAGCCUAUUGUGACUGAGGAAAAGAAGCAUAACCCAGGUGGUAGUGAUGGUGAAUAUGAUGAAUCUUUGAUGUCAAAUUCAAAUGUGAAGCCAAAAGCUGAUUUUUCUCAUGGCAUGCUAAGUUGGGUGUAUAUGCAUAAGGUGCUUGUGGUUGUAGGGUUGUGUGUAGGGAUUGCUAGUUUAUGGAAAUGUUUGACUUCUUGAGGGGGGAUAGAUAGGUGAGUGGUUUUAUUGUGGAUGAGUAGUAGAAACUGAUGACUUAAAUAUAUAUAUAUAUAUAUAUUAUGUUUAUAUGACCUAUCUAUAUCUUUUGUUUUUUACCCUAGUUUGGUAAAGUUUUAGACGUAUGUAUUAUCCAGUUGUAUGAUAUUUUUUUCCUGGAUUUGGAUGAUGUAUUGAUGGUUUAAGUUUUUGGUAAUCAUAAUCAAUGAAUUACUAGUAUCUAGAAUACUAGUCGAUUCUUUUAAAUAUCUCUAAUAGGUUUCUUGUAAUCAUUGGC